GCAGACUGCAGAAGAGAGAGUGAUUCAGUGAGUGAGUGUAGUGGUUUGGUUUCAUAAACCCACUGAUUCUCACACACUUGUUUAACUUUUUACCACUUUCUUCUGCAAUCCCAUGGCAGUUUUUUCACCACCCUCAAGUUAGUGGACAAGACCAACACAAAAAAGCAAAAAAUUUUGGUCUCUUUUUGUAUUCUAGCAUCAUUUUUUAGGGUCACUUUUUUAUUUAGAAGUGUUGUCUUUAUACAAGGGCACUAAUUCUGAAUAUUUUGGAAUCAUUCUUGCAGAUGCAUUAAUUCAGCACUGGUAAAGUAAAAAUGAAAAUGAAAUGAAAAGAUAGGUAAAUUUAGAAGCUUUGUGUAUUUUGUUGGCUUCUAGCUAAUAGUAGUAUUUAUCAAUUAAAGCUGUUCUUGAAUGAUUAUUCAGUCACCCUUCUUUUGUGUGUCUGUUUGUACAACUGAAUGAUUCUGAAUUGAUUAGAAUAGGGUGAGUGGGUAGUUAAUAUACUUAAUUAUUUACUGGUCAUUAAAGCUUCUUGUUGAGCUUAGAGGCUUUCAAGAUGGUACCUUUGUGUUUGAUACAAUGCCUUUAACACUAGUAUUUCUGAUAGUACUUCAAAGAUUGUAGCUUUAUGUUUCUGUGAGUUUGGAGCUCUGACCCUGCAAGCCAUGGCAGUUUUCAACCAUUUCAGGGGUUUUUGCUGAAGAGGGAAUAUAGAGUGAGCACAAGUGAGCAAGUUGUAAUGGCAGAUAAGGGGUCUCUAUCAUGUCGAGAUAAGUACAGAAAAGCAUCCUCAUUCAUCUUAAGUUCUCCUAGGUUAUUUACUGGAUUCACUUCAAAGGGCUGUACUGACACAGAAUCCAUGAUGAGUCCAACUUCAAUUCUUGAUAGCAAACCAGUUCCUACUAUAAAAACACAAUUCUGGUCUGAUGGUAAUACUAACCUCCCCAAAACCUCGAAACCCGAAAGCCGAAUUCACUGGGAUGAUUUAGAUUCAAAAGGGGUUGGUCUUGGCCUAGUUGAUGCUCUCAUUGAUGACAUAUCAGAGAAAAAUGUAUCAAAAACCGAGAGUAGAAUGGUGUUAUUUGGAUCAAAAUUGAAAAUUCAGAUUCCUCCCCUGCCUCCCUCCGUUCAUUCCCCAAAUUCUGAUUAUCCGAUUUCUCCCGGGGAUUUUGGUACUAAAACUAGGAAUUCUCAGUCGGGAUCCUUACCCCCUGUAUUAUCACCAUAUUCAUCAAAGAAAUCUCCUUUUGGCUCUGUGAAUUCUGGCCUUGAGAAAUCUAAUUCACCACGAGUUUUCUCUGGAUGUCUCUCUGCUGAUGAAAUGGAACUUUCUGAGGAUUAUACUCGAGUGAUUACUCACGGCCCGAACCCAAAGACCACUCACAUAUUUGAUGAUUGUAUAAUUGAGAGUUGUUGCGGAGUUGUUGGAUUAUCAGCAUCACUAAAGAAAGAAAACGGGUCUGGCACUGAUCUGACAAUGCGUUAUCCCUCUGAGAGCUUUCUAAGUUUCUGUUACAGUUGCGAGAAGAAACUUGGACAAGGGAAAGACAUCUACAUGUACAGGGGUGAGAAAGCCUUCUGCAGCAAUGAAUGUCGCUACAAGGAGAUAAUAUCAGAUGAAGGCAAUGAAACGUCUGAUGAUACUUACGGAACAUGAUCCUAGAGUUCUCUACAAUAAAGCUGGAAUGGAUGAUUUAUAAUAUCAUCAGUUAUCUAUCUACGGAUCUUUAGGAUUUCAGAAAUUAAUCAACUAAAUAGAAGGGAGGCUUUUGAUAAACGUAUCUGAAAGAAGCUAGUAAUAAAUGUAUAUCUGGAUUGAUGUUUAAUCUCCAUAUUCUCAUGUUUUGGCCUUCUAAUUCUCACUUUGUAGAGGAAAUGGAAGUGGUGAGACAUUGUAAUGUUCUGAAUUUUGUUCAAGGUGUUAAUCAGGUGAUUAAUGGGUAGAUUGUUUACAUUUUUUGGCA